AUGAAAGGAUGUUUGUCUAACAAAGCAAGAGGGAGGAUUGGGCAUAAGGCCAUUAAAGGAGGUGAACUUAGUCUGCUGUUUAAAGUUGAUUUGGAGAAUCUUAUCUACUCGUUCAUUAUGGGUGAACUGGAUGCAAACAUAUCUUAUAAGGAAAGUGUGGAGUUGAGAAAUGGAAGGAAAACUUCCUUUUGGUACGAAGCUUGGUCUUCUUUGGGUCGGCUGCAGGAGGUUAUGGGUGGUAGAGGGCAUAUUGAUAUGGGGAUUCUAGUGAAUGAGAACAUCGAAGCUUGCAGAAACCACAGGAGACGGAGUCAUAGAGUUAAUAUUCUAAACAGAGUGGAGCUGGAAAUAGAAAGAUAUAAAGAAAAUUGGGUUGAUGAGGAGGAUAUAUCUCUAUGGAGAAAUAGUAAAGGGAAAUGCAUGAAAACCUUCUCCACCAGUGAAACUUGGCAGAACAUAAGGGAGAAGCAUACUUUAUGUUCUUGGUAUUCUGCAGUGUGGUUUAAGCAUGCUACCCCAAAGUAUGCUUUUAUAACAUGGAUGGUGAUGCUGGGAAGGUUGUCUACGGGAGAUCGUAUGAAAAAUUGGAAUGCUAAUGUAGAUGCUUCUUGUGUUCUAUGCAAUAACCCUCUGGAGACGGCAGAGCAUCUUUUCUUCCAGUGUUCUUACUCUAAGCAGAUAUGGGAAGUCUUAAUGAGUGUUGGGAAAUCAGUUCACGGGGGAAUAGAAUAG